AUGAACGUGGCACCAUAUAAAAGCUCACCAGGAACUCCACAGUUUCAGGGAACACAACAUAUAUACCAAGGGGGUGUUUCUGGAUAUGGUGGUCCUAUGAACAACGAUCCCUAUUAUGGACAACAACAGGGUAAGGGUCCAGGGGAGGGUUUAAACCCAUCAAAAUUGAUGGCUCAAGGCAUGUACAACAAUUCAAUGGGGCAACCAGCACAAAUGGUGCAAUCUCAAGGAACCCCAGUUAACCACCACACACAACUUCAAGCCUUGCAACAACAACUUCAACAGAUCCCCGGUACUCCACAGCAGCAGCCUCAAAAUAUGCAGCCAAUACAGGGAUAUUCAAACAUGCUUUCACAGGGACAGCCAAAUCAACAUCAAAUUCAGCAACAGCAGAUUUUACAGCAGCAAGAGCAACAACGUCAACGGUUGCAGCAGAAUAUUUCACAAAUGACACAAACUGGGACGCCUCAACGCGCAUCUAUUAAUGUUGACUCCUCAAUAAUGGGUUCGACUCACUGGCAACAUCAGAUCAAGCUUGAAAAAGUCUCUCAGGCUUCAAACUCGCCCCAUUUUUAUGCAAGAAGUGCCGCCUCUGCUUCCAGAUCACCUUUGGAAGCUGUAAACAACAAUGAUCCAAAUGGCCUCCAACAAGGUUCUACUCUUAUCGAGAUUACAAAGUCGGUUUUGUCGAGUGUAAUUGUCGAAGAAGAGCUUACCACAGGAAAUAACGAGCAUAGAAGACCAAUACCAGCACAGCGUGAAAUUGACGAAGAGGAAGAGGACCAGAAGAACAGAAUUAGAGAGAACAACGCACAGCUUUGGACAGGUUUGGAUCUAAGUGGCCAACAACUUUCAUUUGUUUCACCCAGACUAUUUAAUUUACAGUUUUUGAGGCGACUCUUUUUGAACGGAAAUAUGCUCACAGAGGUUCCCAGAGAGAUUUUGAAUUUGAAAUCACUUAGAGUUCUUGAUCUUUCUUCAAAUCUUCUCAAGUCGGUGCCUCCUGAGAUGGGUAUGCUAUUCAAUUUAAAGUAUCUAUAUUUAUUUGAUAAUGAAUUGGAGAGUCUUCCUUGGGAAUUUGGAAACCUGGAGUCCUUGCAGUUCUUGGGCAUUGAGGGAAAUCCCAAUAUUGAUCAGAAAAUUGUGGCUACGUUGGCAAAGAAAGGAACUAGAGGAUUGAUUAUUCAUCUACGUGAUGAUGCACCUCGCUUGGAACCUCCGGAAGCAAGAAAAUGGAUACCAAUAGGAGGAGACGGAGAACCUGAACUCAAGGAUUCGAAGCCCUCUACGGAGAUUGACCUUUCUCAGAGUGGUGAUUCUGAAUUUACGUUAAUGAGCUACAAUACAUUAUGCCAGCACUAUGCUACAGCUAAAAUGUACAAAUACACACCAUCGUGGGCACUUAAUUGGGAAUACAGAAGAAACAAACUUACUGAGGAAAUUCUGGGAUAUAAGUCACAAGUUAUUUGUCUUCAAGAAGUCGAGACGAUGACAUAUGAAGAUUACUGGACUCCUUUGAUGGAGAAAAAUGGAUACAAAGGAGUGUUUUACUGUAAGGGAAGAGCAAAAACGAUGAGCGAGAAGAAUGCGAAGAAAGUGGACGGAUGUGCAACAUUCUUUAAGGUCAGCAGUUUCAAGCUAGUUGACAAAAAAUUGGUGAAUUACAGUGGUGUCGUUAUGACCGAAGAUAAGUUUAAGAAAACGGAGGAUUUGUUCAACAGGUUUGCUAAUAAAGAUAACGUUGCUUUAAUUUUAGUGUUGCAACAUAUAACGACGGGUAGCAAGGUGCUGGUGGCAAAUACACAUUUGCACUGGGAUCCAGAAUACAAUGAUGUGAAAACAAUGCAAGUUGCUGUUCUUCUGGAUGAACUCCAAAGAAUGGUCAGAAAGUACAGUAAAUCAAGGGAUGAUCUGAAUAAAGUGCCGAUGGUUAUAUGUGGUGACUUCAACUCUCAAACAAAUUCGGCAGUUUAUGAAUUGAUAUCACAAGGAUCAAGUAAAAACCACGAAGAUAUGACCGGACGAGAUUACGGAAAGUUCACAUCUGAAGGAUUCGCUCAUCCGUUCCACCUCAGCUCGGCAUAUGAUUGUCUGGGGGAGUUACCAUUCACAAACUUUACUCCAACAUUCACCGAAGUUAUAGAUUAUGUUUGGUAUUCGACCCAACCGCUUAGUGUGAGAGGUCUUUUAGGAGAGGAGGAUAAGAAAUAUACCAAAAAGGUCAUUGGUUUCCCAACAGGAGAUUGCCCAUCUGAUCAUAUACCUUUGAUAGCUAGAUUUGAGAUUAAAAAACAGCUAGCAGCAGGAAAAAAGAUCAGGGUGGACUUUGGAUCUGGCGGCUAUUCAAGAAAGACAUGA